AAAUUUCAACCAACAAAAUUUAGUUUUCUAACUCCCACGAACCCCAUUCUCAUUGCCUAUAGUUCUUCUUACCUUAUCCCCAUUAAUUAAUAUACAGCAUGUCACAAGACAACCAUAUAUUACAUAUAUAUAUACACACAUACAAAGCAUAGGCCAUCUCUCUAACUCUCUCUCUCUCUCUCUAGUUUCUCUCUCUAGUCUCUCUCUCUCUAGAUUGCAAGAAAAUUAAAAUGGAGUGUUCGAAGGUGGUGCCGUGCAUUUUAGCAGUAGUAAUGUUGUGGGGUAGUUUAGCAACGUGCGAUGUAGACAAGGACAAGGAAAAAUGCGCCAACGACUUGGUUGGACUUGCCACGUGUCUCCCGUACGUGAGCGGUGAAGCCAAGGCACCUCCGGUUGACUGCUGCACUGGCCUCAAGCAAAUUUUGCAGAAAAGCCCCCAGUGCAUCUGCUUGUUAGUAAAAGACCGAAAUGACCCUACCCUCGGCCUUCAGAUCAACGCCACCCUCGCCCUCGGCCUCCCCUCUCAGUGCCAUGCACCCGCCAACAUCUCUGCUUGUCCCGCUUUGCUGCAUUUACCACCAAAUUCACCGGAUGCCAAGGUGUUUGAGGACUUUGUAAACAGUGCCAAUAAAAGCAAUGCUACUUCAACUAGUAUUGCACCUGUUCCCGGGAGUCCAUCAGGUGGGAUGCCGACAACAACGGUAACAACUGCUGCUAAUCAGAAAAGUGGUGAUGGAGGAAACAAGAACAAAUUUUUAAACAUUGAAAUGAUUUUAGGACUCAUAUUCACAAUUAUGGUGGUACUUGAUAAAAUACCCAAUCUUUGAUUUAUUUCAAUUGUAUUUUCAUUUUUAUUUUCAUUUUUUUGUAUUAAUUAAUUAGUAUUUUCUUUUGUAUGAGUACUACUACUAAAAAUUUGUUUGUAUGUUCAUGAUUUCUAGAGAGAGAGAGAGGAUGCUAUUAAUAAUGUUCACAUGCAUGUAUGUCUGAAUUAAUGUAGUGGCUGCUUAUCUUUAAUUUGUCUCCAUUUUGA